CACUGCACGAGAACACGCCGCCUCCCUCCGCCGCAAGAACCCUUCUCUAUUAUUAGCAUCAACAUCAUCGCUCAGCCCAAAAAGGGCCGACUGUGCGCCAAAGUAUAUCACAACCUCAAGACUCGACAUCUUCGUGGCGAAAAUACCCCGCUAUCGACUCUCGUUGGUAAUUAUCGAGACUCUUCGUCUCUAGAGAGGGCCUGCGCCGGCUCAAUUCUCUACUCGACCCGCCUGAGAAGCUUGGGAAUCCCCAUCUCUCAGUCGAAAACCGUCGAGGAUAUACCGGGUCUGCCACAUACCCACACGAAGCUCGGGACUGAAGGAAUAGGAUUGUAGGAUAUAAUUUCUGGUCGCGCGAAGGAUCGAUAGAGAUUGGGGGAGUUAAAUUAGACGCGUCGCUAGGCUCCAGCACCACUACGAUACCCAUUUAUCGACGGCACCUUCAUUACGACUAACCGGGACUUGGCGCGCAUUCAUCAUGGGUCGUCGCAAGAUCGAGAUCAAGGCUAUCAAGGAUGAUAGAAAUCGCUCAGUAACGUUUCUGAAGCGUAAAGGAGGGCUGUUCAAGAAGGCGCAUGAGCUUUCCGUCCUCUGCUCCGUCGACGUCGCGGUCAUAAUAUUUGGCAACAACAAGAAGUUAUACGAAUAUUCGUCUUCGGAUAUUGGAGAGAUCCUGCAACGGCACAACUUUUAUGGCGGCGCAAACGAGCACAAGGGUCCAUCGGACUUCAGCGGCAAACGAGACGACGAUGAUGAGGAUGACGACGGCUCUGUCAUGGAUGAAGGCCACCCACCAGAAGGAGAGCCCAUGAUGCCACCGCAUUUCCAAUCCCAGGCGGCGUUUCAGCACAUGCGACAAGCUCCCUCGGCUUCACCUCCUAUACAGAACGGCACGCAUUUCCAGAAUAUACAGCGCCAGCACACACCUCAGCCACCGCAGCUAGGGUCUCGGCCAGCGUCACGGAAUGCUCCUCAUCGCGUAAACUCGAAUCUGGCGCAACAGCAUAUGCAGCAGGGGCCUCAGCCUUCGCCUCCUAUGAACAGCUACUCGUAUAUGCCGCAGCCGGGGAUGUACAACCCACAACAGCAUGGGCAGAACAUGCCUCCACACGUGCAAAAUAUGCCGCUACAUAGCCAACCGCCGCCGCAGCAGCAGCAGCCCUCAUAUCAGUACCAAGGUCCGCCGCCACCGUCUCACCAGCUUCAGCAGGUGUAUAUGGAAGAGCAAAGGCGAUCGUCAAUGCCUCCCGUGUUUCCAAAGCAAGAACGUCAAGAAUCGGGGCCUAUGAAUACUCCUCCGCAACCGCAACAACGGCAAAUACCUCCCCAGCAGCAGCACCAACAACAACAGCAGCAGCAGCAGCCACAACAUCAACUAGCACCUCCACCUCCCCAGCAACACCAUCCAUCACCUCAACAACACCACCAACCGCCGCCGCAACCCCAACAGUCACACAACACGGGGCAGAUGUUCGAGCCAAAACGACCCUCCGUUAAAUCCCGUAGCAUCUUCACCCCCAUCGACGAAUCCCGCUCCAUCCUCUCCCAGCACUGGAUCUCAUCCACCUCCGCCCCCGAGCCAACCCGCGGCGAACCCGCACUCACCAACCGCGCCUCCACCUCCUCCCUCGACUCCCGCAACGGCACCAUCAAACCCCCCCCAUCGCACGCCACAAACCACGCCAUCAAGCCUCCCCCCUCUUCCGACAAAUUCACACCCCCAGCCGGUCCACCCUCCCUCACCAACUCCGUGCAACUAAGCGGCAAGCGACCCCGCCUCACUGUCCAGAUCCCCGAUGAACCCUCGGAUGGAGGUGAAGCAACAGGCGCAUCCACCAACUCCCCCCGUGAAUCAAACGAUACCGGUUCCCACCCCUCCCAACGCGGCGGGCCAGGCACAGACGCAAGUCACAGCUCCGGCGUCGUCCUCCCCCCCCCUCCCCCUCCGCAUCCGCCCUCCUCAGCGCCGGCGCCUCGGGUCCACCAAACCCCUUCGCGCGCCCCCACCCACCAAACCAAGGCGGCGGUGGGGCUCCCGGUGGCGGUGGCCGGGGCGGUGGUGGGAAUGAAAUCGAAACUCCUGUCUCUGCUCUCCCCAGCCGAUUCAUGA